CGCUGCCGCUAUGUUUCACUAAGCUUGGUCAACCUUAGCGGGUAUUAAUCACCAACUCCCCCGCGAGGCCUAGAGGAGCCCUCGGGGUGCGUCGCGCCGUGGGUCGAGCCCUUACCACGACGAGCCUUCAGUGACGUGGCUUGCGAACUAGAAGCUCGCUGUGCAGUCUCGCGGCCUCCGACGCCCCCCAGGCACCGCCUCACCUCACAGCGUUCCGCUCCGCCUGAAUUAGUAAUCGUUCGUUACCUGUGAUUACUCCGUCGCGCCCACAGCUCGUUAUUGACUGACUCAGUCGUGGGUUAGAUAUUUUUCGCGCUGAAAUGUCGUAACGCAGAAAUCGUCCCGCAGAAUCCGCGCACUAGGAUUUCCAGCGCAAAAUAAGGGCAUGUUACCCUAAUGGAAUCCGUCUGGUUUCCAGAUGUUAAUGGUAGACUAUUGAGCCUCUGACGACAGCGUUUUUGUCCUCUAACGACUAGUAACGAGCUUCUGCUCUCGACAUCGGUCACUUGCCUCUAACGACGGCGGGUUUAGAGUUUUCACAGAAUUUAUCCGCCGCCCAGAAGCAGUAGCGGCGGUUGAUACCCGCCCUCAUUGGGGUGCAAUGGCGCAACUGCGCCAGCAUUGCGCCGCUCACUCCGCCACUCGUUCCGCCGCUCAUUCCACUACACCGCCGUUUCCCCGCCACCCUAGCGGCCAGGAGCAUUCCCUGGUCGCUGCGUUUAAAUCCCGGGCACUGAAUCGCCAGAUAUUAACUCCUACUUCGUUAGAGACCCGCAGCGGCAAUGUUCCACAGACGAGCCUUCCUCAGAAGAGCCUUCCUCAGAAAGGCUUUCCCCGCGUUCUUCAGAAGGGCUCUCCAGGGUGCUCUAUAGGAGGCUCCCUUGUUUCCCCGCGCGUUUCCAGCUGGGUUAGGGCGAACCCAAGUCUGAGCACUCGGCUCGGGCCUAGCCAGGGCGGGAGGCUCGGGCUGCACCAAAGCGCAUGGCUCGGAUCAGGCCCGGUUCGACCCGACCGUUUGACGCGGCUGGAGGGGGGACUAGGGUGUGGAUGUGACAGUAACGGGGGGCGGUUUGGCGGGGGAUGGGGGAGGAGCGUGAGAAGGGGGGAUGUGCGGGCGGCAGCGGGGGUGGAGAUUGGCGCUUCGGCGGCUCAAGACGUGAUUGGAACGCUGGGCCUCGAUACACUCACGUUCCUCGUGGCCACCGUUAUUGUCAUCCCCUUCUUCCGCAGCUUCAACGCGAGCCCCAUUCUCGGCUUUCUCCUCUCGGGCGUGGCGCUUAACCAACUCGGCCUCAUCCGCAACAUCACCGACGUCAAGGCGCUCUCAGAGCUCGGCAUUCUCUUCCUGCUCUUUGAAAUGGGUCUCGAGCUCUCCAUUGAGCGCCUGAGGGCGCUUGCCAAGUUCGCAUUCGGCAUGGGGCUGCCACAGGUUCUGCUAACCACUCUCGCGUUUGCAGCGUUCGAGCUGCCUCCAGACAAUGCCAUGGGCACUCGCCUGCUCGAGUGGGCUGCCUCGGCCCGCCCGGACCUGGUCAACAUCCGGUCUGUCGAUGAGGCCAUUGUGAUCGGUGCUGCUCUUUCUCUCUCCUCCUCGGCCUUCGUUCUUCAGCUCCUGUCAGAGAAAGGAGAGCUCGCCACCCGCGUCGGCUCAGCCACUCUCGGGAUCCUAUUGCUGCAGGACAUAGCAGUGGUUCCUCUUCUGGUCAUCCUGCCAAUCCUGGAAAGUGGGGACUUCACGGACGACAGCCUUUUCCCCUUGCUAGCCGCGGCGGGGCUAAAGUCGCUCCUCGGGCUGGGAGUGCUGCUGUACAUGGGCCGGCUCUUUCUCAGAAGGUUCUUCGAGUUUGUGGCCGAGUCUCGCAGCACGGAGGCGUUUGUGGCGCUCUGCCUGCUCACAGUCACGGGCACGUCGCUCAUCACCAGCAAGCUGGGCUUCAGUGACUCGCUGGGAGCGUUCUUGGCAGGGGCGCUGCUGGCAGAAACCAACUACCGCACUCAGGUUGAGGCGGACAUUCGCCCCUUCCGGGGUCUCCUCCUGGGGCUCUUCUUUGUCACGACCGGCACGUCUAUUGAUCUCGGUCUCCUAGCGGCGGAGUGGCCCAACAUCCUGCUCCUCCUCUCCGGCCUCAUCGCCAUCAAGACUGCCAUCAUCACGGCCCUUGGCCCCCGUGUCGGCCUCUCUCUCCCCGAGUCUAUCCGCACGGGUCUGCUGCUGUCGCAGGGAGGGGAGUUCGCCUUCGUUGUUUUCGCUCUCGCCAGCCAGCUCGGAGUUCUCCCAGACGAGCUGAAUCGGCUGCUGAUCAUUGUGGUCGUGCUGUCAAUGGCGCUCACUCCCCUGCUGGACUCCGUUGGGCGCUCGGCUGCAGAUGCGCUGGAGAGGAGGGAGAGGGAGAGCAGGAAGGGGGAGGAGGAGGGGGAGGAAGGGGAGGAGGAGGUGGGGUUGGAUGUGGUGGGAGGUGGUAAGGGGAAAGGGAAGAAGGGUGGAGCAGGCGGAGGAGGAGGGGGAGGGCAUGGGGGUCACUAUGGGGGAGCAGAGCCCAUAGUUAUUCUCGGCUUUAACCACAUGGGACAGGUGCUCGCCAACCUGCUGUCAACGCCGCUCGCCACCAUUUCAGGAGGCUCAGGAGGGGACGCCCCUGGCUGGCCCUUCGUGUGCUUCGACCUCAACCCUAAGCGCGUGCGGAUGGGCAAGCGCCUGGGCUUCCCGGUCCUCUAUGGUGACGGGUGCCGCCCGGCAGUCCUGGAGUCGGCCGGCAUUCCCCGCCCCCUAGCAGCCAUGGUGGUGUACUCAGGGCGGCAGCAGUCGGUGUCUUCUGUGGAGCGACUGCACGACGCUUUCCCAGGGCUGCCCAUCUACGCGCGAGCAGUGGACGCCACUCAUUUGGCGGAGCUCAGAAAGGCGGGCGCCACCGACGUGGUGCUGGAGAGUACGGAGGCGGGUCUGCGGCUCGGCUCCAUGCUGCUGCAAGACAUGGGGGUCAUGAGGGACGACGUGGUCUUCCUACGCCGCCUCAUGAGGGAAGCACUAGACAAGGAGGCAGUCACCCGCCGCACGCGGCAGCGCUUGCUCAAGGACAGACAGGAUUCGGGCAGCAGUAGGCCGCCCACGGGGGAUUCGGGCGGCAGCAGGGCGGCAACGGAGGAGCUGGGCGGCGGUGGCUUGGAGAGCCAAGGAGGGGGGCCGGGUGGGGAGACAGGUUUGGCUGAGGUGGGGAGGAAGGUUGGAGGAGAGAGCGAGGUUGGAAAAGGGGGUGGUGCUGGUGGUUUUGCUGUGGUACAGCUAGUGGGUGAUGACGUAAGUGGUGCCGCUAUUGCUGCUGCUGCUGCUGCUGCUGCUGCUGGUACUGCUGGUGCUGCUGGUGCUGCUGGUGCCACUGGCGCUUCUGCUGUUCCUGUUCCUGCUCCUGCCACUGCACUGGCACCGGGAAAAGACGUGGUGAUUACAAGAAGUCAAGCGAUGAGGGCGGUAACAGCGUUUACCAGCAAGGAAGGUGUUGAUGGUGUUGAUGAUGAUGGUGAUGAUGGUGAUGACAACAGCAGUGGGGAUGAUGGUGCAUCAGCGGGGAACAGGGGGCAACUGGGGGAUGGUGCAACGAUGAGAAUGGAGCGCAGUGAGACCAGUGAGAAGAAGACUGCAAAGAAAGGGGAUGAAGCAGCAGCAGCAGCAGCAGCAGGAACAGCAACAGCAGUACAGGCACAGGGCGACAGCAGCAAUCUUCCUGCAGUGGCGGCAUUUACUGGAGUUGUAGCGGCCACAGGCACAACAGUACCUGCAGGUCUUGGCGACACUUCCUUGAGAGGAAGUGUGACAAGUGGGGCAGAUGCGAAGGGUGACCUUUCAGGAGAGGCAAGGGGUAGUGGAGAAGAUGAGAUGGCUCAGGUGGAAGGCGGGAGCAAGGAGACCAAGGAGGAAGAGUUGUUUCCGGCAGACGAUGAUGGGCUACAGUAUUUUUCAGAUGGAGAGGAUUUCGUUGAUACGAAGUUAGGUUGUAACUCAAGCAGUGUUUCCCCUGAAGUAUGAUUGUUAUGAAUGGGACUGCCGAGUAGCGCGGAGGGCAAUGGCGAAACUGUGAACGAGUGAAUGACAAUAAAAUGAAAGACAAUACAAUAUAUAGAAAGCCCAGGGUGAUCCUGGUCGUAGGAUCGGAAGAUUCGGGAAAAGUAUCGAAGGGCCUCGAUGUG